AUGUUACGGAGAGGGCAGGCUAUGCUGCCUUUCUUCUUACUGGCCUGGGUCUUGAAGCUCACACAAGCGCAUGCUUUAGCUUAUGAUGGUCUGCAGGACAAAGCAGCUGCAAAUUCUGCAGAUCAAUGGUGGCAGUCUUUUGAUCAUAUGUUUGCUGAGACUGAAUCUGAUGCUGCAGACUAUGGGCUUUUUUAUAUCAGCCAGCAUUAUAGGUAUGAUGAGGAUACACUUGAACAGCCUAUAUUUUUCAGUCCAAAUAGUGUUGAUUUCAAUUCUGAUCUGACCAAGAAUGUUGUCCCGUUUGUUGCUGACGAAUACCCUAUGGCUUCAGAAUCUGAAUGCGAUGUGGAACAUGCACUCUUUACAGAUUUGAGUAAUGACACUGAUGUUGACUUCCCAGAAGUCCUUGCAUACACUGAUUUAGUUACUUCACCUAAAGAGAAUGUGUCCAAUACUCUUGUGACAGAAAUGGGUAUAGGUGAACUUGGCAAUGAAGAGUCUGACUCUGACAACUAUACAUCUGGUACCUACUCUGAAACCCUAGGCUAUGAUUUUGCCUUGUUUUUAGAUCUUGAAAAGGAAGCACAGUGGCACCGGCAGAUAAAUCAACAAGUGAAGGAGGGCCAACCACCCUGGUUUCGGCAACUACAUGCGGCAUUCGCAGACAUGACCAUCAAAUUGUCUGGUGGAAGGUUGACUGACCUCAAAGUGCGAGUCGCCAUUAUACUUGUUGAAGUAAGCAAGAUUGCUCAGAGAUGCAGGUACAAGUUGUUGGAGAAAAAAGGAGUUGUCAUCUUUACAACUGCCUUCAAAGGUUGCAAUGUGAAAGCACGGGGUGGGCAAUAUGUCUUGACCCUGAUGUGGAGAAACAACUAUGUGCAUAUGUCCUGUCCAGUUCCCACACCUGAUAGACCUAUUACAAUCUGUGGUAGGAGUAGCAUGACCAUCACACUCCCAGCAGGACCAAUAGAAGCACUUCGUGUAAAAAAUAAAUUCAACAAAUGGGUAUCCAUUUACGAAGUUGCUGUUAAAUGCAAAUAUCAACUGUUGAGUGAUUCAGAGGGAAGGAUCACUUUCACUACUUCAUACAAUGGAUGUCACGUGAGGAGAUUGAUGGAUCGUUAUUUCUAUAACAUCUACUAUCAAAUGGCUCCAGGGAAGCUAGGACAGGCACUCAUGUCUUGUAGGACAGGAAUUAAUGUUACAGUCCCAACUGAAGAGUCCUUGCCAUCAGUGUUUUGUGCCAAGUCUGGCAUGAUGAUCAAAUUGCCUAAGGGAAGUCUUAACACAGUCAAAGUGAGAGAUGGUUUUGGCAAGGCAAUACCUGUCAGUAGUAUUGCCAAGCAAUGCAAUUAUCAAGUCUUUCAAAUGAAGACUGGACACAUCAUCUUGAUUGCUUCCUUCCAAAGCUGUCAAAUUGCAUUUGUGAAUGGAAACUAUGCCCUGGCCAUUAUCUAUACAACUUAUUCUGGAGACUUUGCAUCAGUGCAGAUAGAAUGCCCUACCAGUGGCGAACCAACAAAACCCCCUCCCUCUACAAAACCCAUUCCUCCAACUCCUGUCUGCGGAGCUUCCAGCAUGAUGGUGGAGCUGCCUGAGGGACCUCUGGAACAAGUUAAGAUAAUGAAUAAAUCCAAUGGGCUAUGGGUAGCUAUCAAGGAUGUCGCAAAGAACUGCAACUACACACUGAUGAAGAAAAGAGGAAGAAACAUCUUCAUAACCCCCUACAAGGCCUGUCAUGUCAGGAUACUGACUAAAAACUAUGUCUUGAGUAUACGCUACAUGAGGAUGGGAAGUGCAUUCUUUGUGAAUAUGAGAUGCCCAGUAACAGAAACCACUACAGGAAAGUCAACAAAACCUGCUGUAGUCUGCAGAAACACCAGCAUGAUGGUGGAACUGCCCGAGGGAUCUCUGAAGCCAGUGCAGGUCAUUGAUGAAGACAACAGGCCAGUGGCUAUCAGUGAUGCACUCCUCAAAUGUGGGUAUCUCGUGGUAGAGAGAGGAGGAAAGAUCAUCUUUACAGCUGUUUAUGCAGCCUGUGAUGUAAAGAUUGUGGAUGGAAAUUACAUCUUGACCUUGUUCUACACAACCACUGCUGGUAAACGAGAGUAUGUGCACAUGAGAUGUCCAACAAAGGCCCCUACAACCACUAAUACGAAGCCAACAAAGACUACUAGAACCAGUGCUGGGGAAUCAACCAGGAGAGCUAGAAGAAGUGCUGGGGAUGCAACCAAGACCACGCCCAGUGGCUCUGGGGAUGCAACCAAGACCAAACCCAGUGGCUCUGGGGAUGCAACCAAGACCACGCCCAGUGGCUCUGGGGAUGCAACCAAGACCAAACCCAGUGGCUCUGGGGAUGCAACCAAGACCACGCCCGUUGGCUCUGGGGAUGCAACCAAGACCAAAUCCAGUGGCUCUGGGGAUGCAACCAAGACCACGCCCAGUGGCUCUGGGGAUGCAACCAAGACCACGCCCAGUGGCUCUGGGGAUGCAACCAAGACCAAACCCAGUGGCUCUGGGGUUGCAACCAAGACCACGCCCAGUGGCUCUGGGGAUGCAACCAAGACCAAAUCCAGUGGCGCUGGGGAUGCAACCAAGACCAAACCCAGUGGCUCGGGGGAUGCAACCAAGACCACGCCUAGUGAAUCUGAGGAUGCAACCAAGACCACGCCUAGUGGCGCUGGGGAUGCAACCAAGACCAAACCCAGUGGCUCUGGGGAUGCAACCAAGACCAAACCCAGUGGCUCGGGGGAUGCAACCAAGACCAAACCCAGUGGCUCGGGGGAUGCAACCAAGACCAAACCCAGUGGCUCGGGGGAUGCAACCAAGACCACGCCUAGUGGCUCGGGGGAUGCAACCAAGACCACGCCCAGUGGCUCUGGGGAUGCAACCAAGACCAAACUCAGUGGCUCGGGGGAUGCAACCAAGACCAAACCCAGUGGCUCGGGGGAUGCAACCAAGACCACGCCUAGUGGCUCUGGGGAUGCAACCAAGACCAAACCCAGUGGCUCUGGGGAUGCAACCAAGACCAAACCCAGUGGCUCUGGGGAUGCAACCAAGACCACGCCCUGUGGCUCUGGGGAUGCAACCAAGACCAUGCCCAGUGCCUCUGGGGAUGCAACCAAGACCAAACCCAGUGCCUCUGGGGAUGCAACCAAGACCAAACCCAGUGCCUCUGGGGAUGCAACCAAGACCAAACCCAGUGCCUCUGGGGAUGCAACCAAGACCAAACCCAGUGCCUCUGGGGAUGCAACCAAGACCAAACCCAGUGGCUCUGGGGAUGCAACCAAGACCACUCCUAGUGGCUCGGGGGAUGCAACCAAGACCACGCCCAGUGGCUCGGGGGAUGCAACCAAGACGAAACCCAGUGGCUCGGGGGAUGUAACCAAGACGACACGCAGUGCUGGGAAUGCAACCAAGACGACGCAAAGAGGUUCUGGGGGUGCAACCAAGACGACGCGAAGAGGCUCUGGGGGUGCAACCAAGACGACGCGAAGAGGCUCUGGGGGUGCAACCAAGACGACGCGAAGAGGCUCUGGGGAUGCAACCAAGACAACACGCAGUGCUGGGGAUGCAACCAAGACGACGCGAAGAGGCUCCGGGAGUGCAACCAAGACGACGCGAAGAGGCUCCGGCGGUGCAACCAGGACGACGCGAAGAGGCUCCAGCGGUGCAACCAGGACGACGCGAAGAGGCUCCGGCGGUGCAACCAGGACGAUGCGAAGAGGCUCCGGGGGUGCAACCAGGACGACGCGAAGAGGCUCCGGGGGUGCAACCAGGACGACGCGACGAGGCUCCGGGGGUGCAACCAGGACGACGCGACGAGGCUCCGGCGGUGCAACCAGGACGACGCGACGAGGCUCCGGGGGUGCAACCAGGACGAAGCGACGAGGCUCCGGCGGUGACGACGCGACGAGGCUCCGGCGGUGCAACCAGGACGACGCGACGAGGCUCCGGGGGUGCAACCAGGACGACGCGACGAGGCUCCGGGGGUGCAACCAGGACGACGCGACGAGGCUCCGGGGGUGCAACCAGGACGACGCGACGAGGCUCCGGGGGUGCAACCAGGACGACGCGACGAGGCUCCGGGGGUGCAACCAAGACGACGCAAAGAGGCUCUGGGGAUGCAACCAAGACAACAUGCAGUGUUGGGGAUGCAACCAGGACGACGCGAAGAGGCUCCGGGGGUGCAACCAGGACGACGCGACGAGGCUCCGGGGGUGCAACCAGGACGACGCGACGAGGCUCCGGCGGUGCAACCAGGACGACGCGACGAGGCUCCGGGGGUGCAACCAGGACGAAGCGACGAGGCUCCGGCGGUGCAACCAGGACGACGCGACGAGGCUCCGGCGGUGCAACCAGGACGACGCGACGAGGCUCCGGGGGUGCAACCAAGACGACGCGACGAGGCUCCGGGGGUGCAACCAGGACGACGCGACGAGGCUCCGGUGGUGCAACCAGGACGACGCGACGAGGCUCCGGCGGUGCAACCAGGACGACGCGACGAGGCUCCGGGGGUGCAACCAAGACGACGCAAAGAGGCUCUGGGGAUGCAACCAAGACGACGCAAAGAGGCUCUGGGGAUGCAACCAAGACAACAUGCAGUGUUGGGGAUGCAACCAAGACGACGCGAAGAGGCUCCAGGAGUGCAACCAAGACGACGCGAAGAGGCUCCAGGAGUGCAACCAAGACGACGCGAAGAGGCUCCGGGGGUGCAACCAGGACGACGCAACGAGGCUCCGGGGGUGCAACCAAGACGACGCAACGAGGCUCCGGGGGUGCAACCAAGACGACGCGACGAGGCUCCGGGGGUGCAACCAGGACGACGCGACGAGGCUCCGGGGGUGCAACCAGGACGACGCGACGAGGCUCCGGCGGUGCAACCAGGACGUCGCGACGAGGCUCCGGCGGUGCAACCAGGACGACGCGACGAGGCUCCGGCGGUGCAACCAGGACGACGCGACGAGGCUCCGGCGGUGCAACCAGGACGACGCGACGAGGCUCCGGCGGUGCAACCAGGACGACGCGACGAGGCUCCGGCGGUGCAACCAGGACGACGCGACGAGGCUCCGGGGGUGCAACCAGGACGACGCGACGAGGCUCUGGGGGUGCAACCAAGACUACUAG